AUGUCUCUCGUGUCUCGGACGCUCCUGGCCGCCGCGCUCGCUUUGGCACUGGCCGGCUUGGCUCCGGCCAGGGCGCAAGGAUCGACGCCAGCAGCCUCGCCGGCGGGGCCGCCCUUCGCCCGGGAUGUCCUGGCGCUGUUCGGGGGCAACCGGAGCCUCUCGGCCGGGCAGCUGGAGCAAAUGCUGCAGAAGAUGGGAGCCGCGCACCGGCUGGAGGAGUCGCUGGCCGGACAGCUGGACCUGCACGUCCUGCGCUACAACCAGGUACAGUCCAGUCCCGGUCAGGCUGCCUCGGCAAAGUCCUUCGCCGCCCCGUCUCCUGGAUUCUCCCCACAAGUUGUUACAGAGGGGAAACUGAGGCGGAGACAGGAGGACCGGGUCGGAUCUUUCUGCAGAGACUUGAAGCCUCCUCGCCUGGAGGCGGGGGACGGGGGAGGGCUGCAACUUGCGGUUGUUUUCACAUAAUUCUGAUCAUCGCCUUUUAACUCAUUGAUUGUGUGCGUUUUCGAAAAUUCGAUGGUUUGAGCGUGGUGCUGAUAGUGUCAAGGUUGCAGGUUGGAGCCUCAUAUGGGAGAGCUGGGGGCUGGACUACAUGAUCCUUGGGGUCUCUUCCAACUUUAUGUUUCUAUGCAGAAAGUCCCAAGUUCAGUUCACUGCAUCGCCAGGUAGGGCUGGGAAAAUCUCUGCCUGAAACCCUUAGUCAGUGUGGAUGGUAUUGAGUUAAUGGCCUAAUAGUCUGAGUAGGUGAAAGGCAGCUUCUGAUGCACACAGCAUAAUUGCCAUGGCCAAUAAUGUUUUCAUUUGGGUUCGCUCUGCUCUCUCUGCUCUCUCACCCAGGUACAACCAUUUACUUCUCAAAUUACCACACAUUCAUGCAUCUGAAGAAAGAAUAGUAAUAAUUUUAUUAUUUAUACCCAAGCCGUCUGACUCUAGUCUACAAAAGCCAUAAGAGAUUUGUAUGUCUUUAAGGUACGACAAGGUGCUAUAGUCCAACUCCAACAGUUUUCAAGGAAAUUAGGCAAAUUUAUUCAGGAUAAGGCUAGGACCCUUGACAAUGAUGUAGUUCCUCCAGGAUCAUGGGCAGUCUAUCUGUGAAUACUAGUUCCUGGGAAACAUAGUGGGAAGCUAUGCCAGUAGGUAGCUCAAUAAAGAUGUGGACCCAGUGUGUGGCAGGUGUGAGAAAGGCGAAUUCCAUGAUAGGGAUAAUUGGGGAAAGAAUUGGAGAUAAAACUGCUGAUAUAAUGAUGCUGUUAUACAGUUACGUGAGCCGUGCGCUUUUGCAAUACGUUCUGGUUAAAGGGUAAAGGGGCCCCUGACCAUUAGGUCCAGUCGUGACCGACUCUGGGGUUGCGGCGCUCAUCUCGCUUUAUUGGCCGAGGGAGCCGGCGUACAGCUUCCGGGUCACGUGACCAGCAUGACGAAGCCUCUUCUGGCGAACCAGAGCAGUGCACGCACACACCAUUUAUCUUCCUGCCGGAGUGGUACCUAUUUAUCUACUUGCACUUUGACGUGCUUUCGAACUGCUAGGUUGGCAGGAGCAGGGACCGAACAACGGGAGCUCACCCCGUCGUGGGGAUUCGAACCACCGACCUUCUGAUCAGCAAGUCCUAGGCUCUGUGGUUAACCCACAGCGCCACCCCCUACGUUCUGGUUACCUCAUCUCAAAAAAAAGAUAUUGUGGAGUUGGGAAAAAAAAUCAGAAAAGUGCAACCAGAAUUAUCGCUGGGAUGGAGAAACUCCACUAUGAGGAAAGAUGACAGCAUUGGGGACUUUUUUAGUUUAGAGAAAAGGCAAGUAAGUGGCAAAAUGGUCGACGUGUGUACCAUUAGGCAUGGACAAAGUGGACAGAGAAAUGAUUUUCUCCGUCUCUCAUAACCCUGGAACUCAGCGACAUCCAGUGAAGCUGAAUGCUGGAAAGAAAGUACUUAUUCACACAUCGUGUAGCCGAACUACAGAAUUCACUCCCAGAAGAGGCAGUGAUGGCCAGCCAACUUGGAUGGCUUUGCAAAGUGAAAUUGAGAAUUGAAGGAACAUAUCCUAAAAACAAACAUGUACUGCACAAUGCGGUGGGGAAACUUUGGCUUUGCAAAUGUUACUAAAACUACAACUCUCAUUGUCUCUGGCCAUGCUUGCCAGGGCUGCUGGGAGUUGUAGUUCCACCAUAUUUGGAGGGUCAAAGGUUCCCCACACCUGUACUAAGCAAAACCAUGGUUUUAUCAUCCACAUGCAAACAUGUGGGCUCUCAAGGAGGAGAUUGGAGCUGCUCCUCCCCAGGUCCUUUAUCUCAGGGCAGCACAGCAGCAAAGCCAAGGUUUGUUCUUGGCUGCAGCUUGUGAUUAAUGAGGGGAGAGCUUCACCACAAUUCCAGGUUGGGACAAGCCAAACCUUGGCUUAGUUGCUGCACUGAGUUAAAAGGGCUUUGGAGGAACAAACUGGGUAUGAUCUCCUUCUCGGGAGCCCACCUGCUUUUGCAAAGCCAUAGUUUUGCUUACUGUGACUUGCAGACCUGCCCAAUAUGCAUUUAUUCAACUCUUAAAGAUGUUUGCUUUCAGACCUGUGUUCCAUUUCUUUGUGGGCACAGUUUUAUUUGAAUAACAAAGACUGCCAGUUUCUGUGCAUCUCAUUUGGGUGCCGUGCUUGGAACAGAAUGUUACGGUACAGUCCCUUGUUGGGGCUGACAUUUAGUGGGUAAUGUUAAACUUGUUGGUUGGGAUGUGGAGUGACAGGAGGCACUGUAGCUCAGUGGUGGAGAACAUGUCUUGCAUGCAGAAAGGCCCAUGUUCAGCCCCUGACAUCAUCAGGUCUGGCUGUGAAUGGGAGAGCCAUUGCCAGUCAGUGUAGACCAGGGGUCAGCAAACUUUUUCAGCAGGGGGCUUGUCCACUGCCUCUCAGACCUUGUGGGGGACCUGACUAUAUUUUGGAAAAAAAAUAAUGAAUGAAUUCCUAUGCCCCACAUAUAACCCAAAGAUGCAUUUUAAAUAAAAGCACACAUUCUACUCAUGUAAAAACACCAGGCAGGCUCCACAAAUGACCCAGAGAUACAUUUUAAAUAAAAACACACAUUCUACUCAUGUAAAAACACGCUGAUUCCUGGACUGUCUGCGGGCCGGAUUUAGAAGGCAAUUGGGCCGGAUCCAGCCCAACCUAUGCCUACCUAUGGUGUAGACCACGGGUGUCAAACACAAGGCCCGCGGGCCGAAUCCGGCCCGCCAGACCUUGUCAUGUGGCCUGUGUAGCCGCCGCCGGCCGCCAGCCUUCACCUUUUAUUCUCGUUUUUUUUUUUUUGACACAAGAAAGCCGCCUCUUCAGCGCAUGCGCAGCAGCCUACAAGCCAGAGAACAUCUGCCCUCUAGCGGGGCCACGGCCCACAAUGAAUUUGAGUUUGACACCCCUGGUGUAGACAAUACUGUGCUCAGUGGUCCAACUUGGUGUAAGACGGUAAGGGUUUUAACUGUUGCUACAACAGAUGCUUCCGAAGCAAGGGUUGUUGCCAGUGCUUAGGGCAGGGGUCAGCAAACGUUUCCAGCAGGGGGCCGGUCCACUGCCCCUCAGACCUUGUGGGGGGCUGGACUAUAUUUUGGAGAGGGAAAAAAAAUGAAUUCCUAUGCCCCACAAAUAACCCAGAGAUGCAUUUUAAAUAAAAGGACACAUUCUACUCAUGUGAAAUCACACUGAUUCCUGGACCGUCUGUGGGCCGGAUUUAGAAGGUAAUUGAGCCGGAUCCGGCCCCUAGUUUGCCUACCCAUGGCUUAGGGCAUAGCAUGGACUGGACCUCCAAAUGCAUACCUAGUCUGAAGAUCUUGUUUAGUUUGGGAUAAUUCUUAUUGCAUUUUGAGUGCUACAAUUGCUAAUUCAAACCUAAUUACAGAAAGAAAGAAAGAAAGAAAGAAAGAAAGAAAGAAAGAAAGACAAGUGAAAGGGGCUUAUGCAGAGUGAAGACUUUCUUGUUCCAACAGGGAAUUGUUCCAACAGGGAAUUUGCUGCUUUUAAGGAAUGAGCUAGUUCCAUGCUGUUUUUAUUGUAAUUAUUACUUUUGCUUUAAAACAGAUUUUAGAUGCAGUAUACAUACAAUUUUAAAUCUAUCCAUGUCUACUUGUACAUUUUAAUGAUUGAUUUUUCUGUGUUUUUAUCUGUAAGCUGCCUUGAGUUGAGUCCCAUCAGCCAGAAAGACAGAGUAUAAAUAAAUAUAUAAGAAUAAUAUCACUAUGGAUACUUGGCUGACUGGGCAUUCUCCUACUCCAUUGCUCAAAACAUUUGACAAGGUAGAAUAUGUGUACAACUCUCACAGCCUUAAGGCUGUAAGCCUUAAGGCUUUUUACCAGCCUGCUGAAUUCAAGUUCAUGGCUAUGUUAAUACAGUGGUACCUCAGGUUACAGACGCUUCAGGUUACAGACUCUGCUAACCCAGAAAUAGUACCUCAGGUUAAGAACUUUGCUUCAGGAUGAGAACAGAAAUCGCGCGGUGGCAGUGCACUGGCAGUGGGAGGCCCCAUUAGCUGAAGUGGUACCUCAGGUUAAGAACAGUUUCAGGUUAAGAACAGACCUCCGGGAUGAAUUAAGUUCUUAACCCGAUGUACCACUGUAUGGGAAACAUUUGCAGCCUGACAAGGAGAAUAUCCCAUCCAAAUACAGUGGUACCUCGGGUUACAUACGCUUCAGGUUACAUACGCUUCAGGUUACAGACUCUGCUAACCCAGAAAUAGUACCUUGGGUUGGAUGAGAACAGAAAUUGUGCUCUGGCAGCGUGGCGGCAGCAGGAGUCCCCAUUAGCUAAAGUGGUGCUUCAGAUUAAGAACAGUUUCAGGUUAAGAACAGACCUCCAGAAUGAAUUAAGUACUUAACCCGAGGUACCACUGUAUUAUAUUAUACCACUGAUGGUGUUUCCUGCUGGCAGGGGGUUGGACUCGAUGGCCCUUGUGGUCUCUUCCAACUCUAUGAUUCUAUAUUCAAAUAAAUGUUGCUAUUAUUUCCUAACCAUCUAAGUGGGGAUUUAUAAUUCUGAAGUAUGAAGCGACAGCUAUUCUACAACUGGUUGUGGAUGUGGUGGCAAGGGAAGGAAGAGAAAAAUGGUUCAGACUAAAGCCAGUCUCUGCACACAUUUAAAGCAGCACGAUACCACCCAAAGAAUUCUGGGAGCUGUAGUUUGAUGAGGAGAACCCCAUUCCCCUCACAGAGCUACAAUUCCCAAAGGAAUUAACAGUCCUCUUCACAGGGAAGUCUGUUAAUCUAAAUUGUAAACCAUUUCUUUUCUAUCAGACUAUACAGCACAUGUAAAAACACUUGACAUGGUAAGUUGUGGCACCCUAUGGGAUGCUGGCUGAUCAUAGCACUUCAAAUACAAGACUUGUUACACACACACACACACACACACACACACAGGCAUAGCAAAGAAAGAAGGUGGGAAGGGUGGAUGACGUCUGAGCAGACAUAUUGGGAAAUGUUGCUGUGUUGCAAUCCGUAAGCAAAAAUUCCUUUGAGAACCAGUUACCAGUUCCUUCAUAUAAACAUCCACCCAUCUGGUCACUGGUUGAGCAGGAAUUGCCAACAGGUGAAAAAAGGCCAGAUCUUCAGGAGGCAAAUGUCUGGGAGCAGGCAGGACAAUCAACCUUUUGUGAACUAAUGACUUUCAUAGGCUUGGUGAAGCAGAAGGGUGUGCUAGAAUGGCAGGUUGCAAGUCGGGAGUUGUCAGUUCUCAGUGCUUGUCCAUACAGCAAACACCUUGCAAGUGAAACCGUCAGAGAGAGAGAGAGAGAGAGAGACACUGUAGAUUGGUUGUCUCCUUAUUGUGCUGGUUUCCUAUUUGUAGGAAAUGAUUUGUAAUGUGUAGAAUCCACUACUUGCAGCCUCAAGUUGUCCAGUCAUUCUACCAUCUUACUCCCUUGCAUGUGUUGACCAAGCUUGGAAAAGGUACAGAAAAGAGAAACAGAAAAGUUCAAGGGGGUGGGAGGACUUCCCUGUGAGGAAAGGUGGCAACAUUUGGGAUUUUUUAGUUUAGAGGGGAUGUGAGUAAGAUAUAAUAAUAAUAAUAAUAAUAAUAAUAAUAAUAAUUAUUUAUUUAUUUAUACCCUGCCCAUCACUCUGGGCGGCUUCCAACAAAAGAUAUAAAUUACAUUAAAACAUCAGUCAUUAAAAACUUCCCUAAACAGGGCUGCCUUCAGAUGUCUUCUAAUCGUCAGAUAGUUGUUUAUUUCUUUGACAUCUGGUGGGAGGGCGUUCCACAGGGCGGGCGCCACUGCCGAGAAGGCCCUCUGCCUGGUUCCCUGUGACUUGGCUUCACACAGUGAGGGAACCUCCAGAAGGCCCUCGGCGCUGGACCUCAGUGUGGUGACAUGACAGGAGUAAAUAAAAUUAUGCAUGGAAUGCCACCAGCCGCCUUACCUUGCUUUUGGUUCUCUAGCAUUAAACUAGAUUUGGGACAGACAGCCUUUCAAACGGAGGACUCCUUCACCUGAAUAGAGGGCUGCCUUCUGCUAAGGAGCAGACAUGGGCCACCCUAUCUCCUGGGGAAAGAAUCCUCAGCUCUUAUGAUAGCUUUUUUUUACUGACUUUUUUAUUGACUUCUGUGCCAUCCUUCAAAAGAAUUUUUAUCAGGAUAACACUACUCAUCGCAAUAAAAUGGAAAUAAAUAAUAAUAAUCAUCACAAUAAAAAGAAAAUACAAAAAGGGGGGAAAUGAAAGAUUGAAAGGGGAGAUAAAGCUGACAGUGGAACAUGUGGAAAUCUCAAUUUUAUCGCUGUGAUGCUGUUAAGCAGAUAAUGCACUUAAGCAUGUCAUAAACGCUCAAUGAAAGUAUGCAAAUCUGAUAUUGGCUCAUUGGUAAUAGGGCAGUGUAAUUGGGCUGAAGAGGGACGUGGGUGGCACUGUGGUCUAAACCACAGAGCCUAGGGCUUGCCGAUCAGAAGGUCAGCGGUUUGAAUACCCGCGAUGGGGUGAGCUCCUAUUGCUCGGUCCCAGCUCCUGCCCACCUAGCAGUUUGAAAGCACAUCAAAGUGCAAGUAGAUAAAUAGGUACCGCUCCGGCGGGAAGGUAAAUGGCAUUUCCGUGUGCUGCUCUGGUUUGCCAGAAGCAGCUUAGUCAUGCUGGCCACAUGACCCGGAAGCUGUACGCCAGCUCCCUCGGCCAAUAAAGCGAGAUGAGCGCUGCAAUCCCAGAGUUGGCCACGACUGGACCUAAUGGUCAGGGGUCCCUUUACCUUUAACUUUUAAUUGGGCUGAAACAUUGAACAAAGACUUUGACACAGUCCAGGGACAUGAUAAUAGUUCUCUCUCUCAUAUCUAUCUAUCUAUCUAUCUAUCUAUCUAUCUAUCUAUCUAUCUAGAUAUAUAUAUAUAUAGUGUGUGUGUGUGAGAGAGAGAGAGAGAGAGAGAUUUUCAUGCCAACCUACAUAAAGUAUAUAAAUAUCCCAGUUUUGCUAAACAAAGGAAUACUUCAUAGAUGCAAUUAAAGUUAUUUUUAAUCAUAUUUUAUUAAAAAAUCUUAUUUGCAUCCCACCCUUUCUCCAAGGUGACAUUAUUAUUGCUAUUCAUUUUUAUCCCACUUUUCUGUAUAAACAUACCAAAAGUAGUUAAUAGAGGAAAAACCAUAUAUCACUACAAUCAUUUUCUUUAUUUCUAUCUCAUUCUUUAAUAUUCUUCCCCACCUUUCUGCACAAUGCUCGGGGUAGCUUAUGGCGACAUAAUUUAAAACCAUGUAAUAAAUAAUUUGAAACCAGAGAAUCGGUAUUGUUCAGUUGCUUUUUAGUUUCUUGUUUUACUUAUUGUUUUAAAUAUAUUGCUUAUUUCAAAAAAUGAGCUCAGAGCAACUUUAAAAAACACAACACCCAAAGAUUAAAAGCAGAUAUAAAAGCAAGAAUGAAAAACAAUCUAAAAUACAGUAAUAUGCGAAAAAGAGAGAAACCGGCUCAACCCCACCCUACUAAAUAAUGUGUUCAGAAUUAAAUUCCAGAGGUCUGUGUGAAUAAGAAUGUUUUUGCUGGAACCUAAAAACAGAUAGCAAUGGUGUCAGGUAUGCCUCCCCAGGGAGAGCUUUCCAUAAAUGGGGAGCCCCUACUGAAAAGGCCCACUCUUAGAGGGGGCACACAGGGACUGCGUUGGUUCUUGUGAGGAGAGGCAGCCCUUGACAUAUUGGCUUUAUAGGUCAAAGCCAUAAAAAGCUAAGACAAUAGAACAGGACACUUAAUAGCAGCAAUGAAGGCAGCUUAUUGUUUUAAAUCAGUGGACCAUUAUACGUUAAAAGCUUUCUGAAAUGAAACAUCUGAAAAUAGAAAAGAGGGUGCGAAAUGGGUUUUCUCAGAGAGGCCAUUCCAGAGUUUUGAUGCCACUAUCCUGCAAUACAGUGGUACCUUGGGUUAAGAACUUAAUUCGUUCUGGAGGUCCGUUCUUAACCUGAAGCUGUUCUUAACCUGAAGCACCACUUUAGCUAAUGGGGCCUCCUGCUGCCGCUGCGCCACCACUGCACGAUUUCUGUUCUUAUCCUGAAGCAAAGUUCUUAACCUGAGGUAUUAUUUCUGGGUUAGCGGAGUCUGUAACCUGAAGCGUCUGUAACCCGAAGUAUCUGUAACCCGAGGUACCACUGUAUUCCAUUUCCCCCCCUCUUAUCUACACAAGCAGGCACACCCCAUGAUGCACCCCAGUCCAUAAAUACCACGGUUUGGGAACUUUUUUCCAACAGAAAGGAAAAAAGGAAAGGGGGAAAUGACAGAGAAUGAGGAGGAGAGUGUGAACAGUGAAAAUGAGGAGAGCGAGAGAAGGAAGGAGUUUUGAGAUGAGUGGCAAGUCAACGCCAUUUUAUAUUUCUGCAUCUCUUCCCUUCUUCCUUUUCAGGCAACUCCACCCCUCCUUCCACAAUCUAUUAAUUGUCAGCACUCUGUGCCACUGCACUCUUACAGGGUUAUUUUUGCAGAGCCCCUACAACUUUCCCUAAUAAUAAUAAUAAUAAUAAUAUAUUUUAUUUAUACCCUGCCCAUCUGGCUGGGUUUCCCCAGCCACUCUGGGUGGCUCCCAACAAAAUAUUAAUAAUAGUAGUAGUAGUAGUAGUAGUAGUAGUAGUAAAGCAAUAAAACAUCAAACAUUAAAAACUUCCCUAAACAGGGCUGUCUUCAGAUGUCUUCUAAAAGUCAGAUAGUUGUUUAUUUCCUUGACAUCUGAUUGGAGGGCGUUCCACAGGGCGGGCGCCACUAUCGAGAAGGCCCUGUAACCUCACUUCUCGCAGGGAGGGAACCUCCAGAAGGCCCAUGGAGCUGGACCUCAGUGUCCUGGCUGAACGAUGGGGGUGGAGACACUCCUUCAGGUAUACUAGGCUGAGGCCCUCCCCCCUUUUUUAACCAUUUGCAAACCCUGGAAUUAUCCUGAGUCUACUGAUACCGCCUUCUUGUGCAUGAGUGAAUGAUGUUUGACAUCCCUAAAAAUUGCUGAUAGGACUAUCUUCCAUUAGGCUGCAACCUUAUGCAUACUUAUAUGGGAGCAAGCCCCGCUGAGCUCAGUGGGACUUACUAACAGAGUAGACAUGUAUAUGAUUGCACUGCUGGAAUUUAAGAAACUGCACUUUCAUGUUCCCUUUAACAUUAGAACCAUGGAAACUGAAGCACUUGAAAUGACCUCCUUAGACUUUUCCAAGUCAUUAAACCUGUUUUGAAGAUUAAAUAAUUGCAGCUUGGAAGCUUUGAAAAUAUACUUAAUAUGCUUAGGGAUUUCAUUGUAAUUAAUUUGUUAAGAUUCUGGUUUUACAGGGAGAGUCUUGGUCUGUUCAUGCAAAACUUCAGAACAAAAGCUGUCAAGAGCAUUAACAAUUCUGUUUUACUUCCUGUAAAUAGCAUCGAUGCAUUGCUUCAUAAUUGUUUCAGUGAAACUGUGACACCAGGAUAAGAAAUGUUUGAAGGGCUUAUUGACAUAAAGAGCUCAGAUUCCAACGGCAGCUUUUUGCCCUCAUUUCUGGUAAAUAACAGCAACAUAUCUAGGUGUGGAUUUUCCAAAGUCUGUUGUGCAGGGAUGGGGAAAUGAGAUCAUGUCUAAAAAUGCAGAAUUAGAUAAAUUAACAGGAAGGAUUCAAAACCUGCGGGAUCAGAGAUUCUUAGAAGACUGGAGUAAAUAUAUGAACUAUUUGAAAAGUAAUUGUGAUGAACAGAUUACACUAGUAGGACUGCAAGAGUAAGGUGGAUUAUUUGAAAUGUUGCAAGAAAGACUACGAAAAGAAUUAUUAGUUAAGGAUAAUUAAAUGUAAUAGGAAAUUAGGAAAUGCAGAAUAAGUGAUAAAGAACGGAAAAUCAUCAGAGGUGUUGACGGAAGUAAAAAAUAUUGUAAAGAUGUGAAGAUAUGUUGUAUGACUGUUGGAACUGAUAUGUUAAAAAAUUAAUAAAAAUAUAUGUGUGUGUAUGUGUGUGUGUGUGUGUGUGUGUGUAUAUAUAAAAUCAUGUCUAAAAAUGGAAAAGUGUUGGUCUUCAUCAGGUGAAGUGUGUCUUUCAAACCAGAGAUGCACUGAAAUCAAAAUGAUGACCAAAGCAUUUCUCAGGCUUAAGGUUCUUAAGGUUAACUUUCAGAGGUAAGGUUGUUCUAGGGGUGGCAUCUCUGCAGGUCAGUUUAAUCCCCCUACGAUUAUUUAAUUUUUUUUGCCCCAAGUGAAGGAGGACUAUCCACAUAGAUCAGCUCAGCCCCAGAUGACAAUCUCACUUUAUUCAGUCAACGACACCCUAGUUUUGCCUUAAAACUGUGAAGCACCAGAGCCAGAUCGCUCUCCUUUCCCAACAUCUCUGCUAUUCCCUUUCUCAAGCUAACCCAAGUUUCUCAUUUUGUUUCAGUGCAUGUCUGCUGAAGACAUCUUUUCUCUGCACGGAAUGUCAAACAGCAGCAAGAUCACCGAGUCCAGCUUCUCCACAAUAUGUCCCGCUGUUGUACAGCAGCUGAUUUUUCACCCUUGUGAAAAAUCCGUGUCCAAAGGCAAUUCCAAGCCAUCUCCUACAGAAGGUACCUGUCACUGGUGACUGGUAUAACCGUGAGAUUAAUUUAGCCCUGUUAUUUAUUCAUUUUACAGAAAUCUGUGGAGCAAUAUUGCUACAUGUUAACGGGGCAUAUGGCUGGCAGUCUGCACUGGCUUUUGCUGUUGGGUGGAAGCUGCCUUAUUCCUGGUCAGACUGUCCAUUUAGCUCAAUAUUGCCUACUCUGUGGGCAGCAGCUCCAGGGCAUCUCCACAUCUUUCUCAUCACCCACAACCAGAUCCCUUUUAAUGAGAGAUGACAGGGAUUGAAUUUGGGAUUUUCUGCAUGCAGAACAUAUGCUCUACCUCCUCAAAAGGGUUGGGGAGGGAAUCUACCCUGACUAGAGCGCCACCCUGCUGCCCAUUGCUGGUUUGCACCCAGUUUUGCUCAAGUUAUAUUGCCUCUGAUUGCCUCUAGAAAAGUUAACUGUUGGGAAGUGUGUGAUAAUUCAAGAUUGCAAUGGAAAUAUGGUGUUUUAUAUUUUAAUUCAGGGUGCAACCUGAUGUGCUAUGGCUUCAGGGUGAACACAUACUCGGUCACAAAUGCAUAUUUUAUUUAUUUUGAAUAUUUCUAAAUCGUUCUUCCUUCAAGGGAGCUCAGGGUGAUGUACAACAAAUGUGCAAAUGACACAACUUCAAUAACAUCCCUUUGGUAGUUUGUAACUUGUUUGCUGGACAACAACUAUAAUGAUAUUUUCCUUGUGGUUUACAACAGGGGUGAGGAACCUCAGGCCUGGGGCUGAAUGCAUACCCUCCAACCUUUCUCCACUGAAAAUAAGGAUGUCCCAUUCCAUAAUGAUAAUUUUACUAUUUAUACCCCACACUGGGUAUACCCCCAGUGACUGGGUUGCCCCAGCCACUCUGGGCAGCUUCCAAUAUACAAUGAAAACAUAAUAAGACAUUAAACAUUAAAAAACCCUUCCCUAUACAGGACUGCCUUCAGAUGGCUUGGGGGUUGGAUAACUCCAUAGGUAAAGGGUAAAGGGACCCCUGACCAUUAGGUCCAGUCAUGACCGACUCUGGGGUUGCGGCGCUCAUCUCGCUUUAUUGGCCGAGGGAGCUGGCGUACAACUUCUGGGUCAUGUGGCCAGCAUGAUUAAGCUGCUUCUGGCGAACCACAGCAGCGCACGGAAACGCUGUUUACCUUCCCGCCAGAGCGGUACCUAUUUAUCUACUUGCACUUUGACGUGCUUUGGAACUGCUAGGUUGGCAGGAGCAGGGACUGAGCAACGGGAGCUCACCCCGUCGCGGGGAUUCGAACCGCCGACCUUCUGAUCGGCAAGUCCUAGGCUCUCUGGUUUAACCCACAGCGCCACCCAUGUGCCAUGGAUAACUCCAUACUCUCCAACAUUUCUCCAAUGAAAAUAGGGACAUCCUAAGGAAAAGUGGGACAUUCCAGGAUCAAAUCAGAAACUGGGACAGCUCCUCUAAAUCAGAGACGUCCCCCGAAAAUAGGGACACUUGGAGGUCUGUGAAUGCAACUCUCCAGGUCUUGCUAGCUGAUGAUCAUUGGAAGACUCCACAGGCCACACCUUCUUCCCCAGGCCACACCUCUCACUGGCCUUCUUCACCCCCUCCUCAAAUGUUGUUGCCUGGCUGAAAUGUGCCCUAGAAUUCUGAUGAUGCCUCUUGCUUGUCUGGAUAAAGGAUAGAGAGGUGUAGGUGUAGCAACUAGCCUGCUAAGCAGAGGUGAAAUAUAUAUUCAUUGCUCUGCCCACCUUUGCCUCUGGCUCCAUGCAUCACUGGAAGGUGGCCCUCAGAAAGUUGCACAGAAGGAAAUGUGGCCCUACCCCUGGUUUAUAAUACGUUAUUUUCAGUGGAACUGCCGUAACAAUUCUGUUUAUUAUGCAGUGAGAGAGCUAUACUAAGGGGCUAUUUCUUUUACAACCAGCACAUUUUAAAAUAAUUGGCAGAAACAUUCCUCUCUUAUCCUGGUUCCUGACUUAAAUAUUAACCAAACAUUAUGCCCUUAAUUCAGCUGUUCUGCAAUGAAAUAAGUAAACUGUCCCCUGCCAGAUCCAUCUGAUAUCAAAUGAUUUUUAAUAUGGCUAAUAUUUUGACUGCAUUUUCUCUCUUUCUCUCUCUUGUACAGUCUGGGGCUUCGGUUUCCUUGCUGUGACUAUUAUCAACUUUGCUGCACUCCUUGGAUUGGCCUUAACUCCUCUUUUAAAGAAAGACUAUUUCCCCAAGAUUUUAACCUACUUUGUAGGUUUGGCCAUUGGAACCCUCUUUUCCAAUGCAAUUUUCCAGCUUAUUCCAGAGGUAAGGAUGAAACGGGUGAAGAUGGCAGUAGAACUGGGAACAUGAUACUGUCGCAUGUGUUCCCCUCACCAGGUCUGAAAUAUACUUGAACAGAUGGGUAUUCAUUGAGCUGCUGUACAUUCUUUCUCCUGCCAUGAACCUCAUUCAGGAGAAUGAGACAGCCUUGACCGGCUAUUCUCCCAUCUAAGAAACCUGCUACUCUCCCAUCUAACAGGUCAUUGAAGGAUGAACAAGCCAAAGACCCUAAGUCCAUAAAUUGGCACACUAGUUGUAAGUAAAUCAGUCUUCUAACCAUUUACAUAUGGUUGUGCUCAGAUGGGGGACAGUGCAGGGCAAAUUUAGGCACUGAACUCAGUUGAACAGGUUGACAAGUCUUGCUAGGUGUGGUGGAGCUGCAGUGCUAGCUUCCUGGCAGAGGGGGCACUGUUGCUUACCAAGAAGGACAGGGGAAGAAGGGAGGCAGCAGGAAGUUUGGUGCGGUGCAAUGGACAGAUUGAGCCAAUCUGCUGCUCUUCCUGAUGUGUUUGCACCAUGCUGCCCUCCCAUGGUGUUGACUUCUUGCUGGUUGCCAACAGUGGCCCACUGCUUCUGGUUAAAGGGUGAGUAGUGAGUAUUCUCUUACAAUAUGUGUGUAUAUAUAUAUAUUCCAAAUGAAGCACAUUGCAUUUUGGGUUAACCCGGUCUCGCUGUUCAAUCUUCUUCCUAGGCAUUUGGAUUCGACCCCAAAAUCGAUAACUACGUUGAAAAAGCGGUAGCUGUGUUUGGCGGAUUCUACAUCCUCUUUUUUGUGGAAAGAGUUCUUAAAAUGAUACUGAAGGCUUAUAGCCAGGUGGGUAGCAGGACACAAAAUAAACACUUUUCAGUGUUAAAGAUCAGCAUGCCUAUUUAAUUGGGCAGAAUAAGAAGUUCAAAAAGCUCAGUUUGGGUUUAGACUAAGGGCCAGAGCAGACAAAUCGGUCUCCUCUGCAAAUUUAUAUCUCAGUCACAGAUGCUGACAAAUUUCUGCCCUGUUGUGCCAUAAUGCAUUUGAGCAACUUUUCUGCUUCUGAACUCCAUUUGAACCUUUCCUGUUUUAUUUGGUUCUUUUUAGAGCAGUCACAGCCACUUUGAACCUGAAGAACUGAAACCUCCCCGAAGUCUCCCUCCUCCUCCUACCGAAUCGUUCAAACCUGUUAAUGGAGCAAUGUGCUACGCAAAUCCAGCCAUAGCUGAGGCUAAUGGAACUCUGAGUUUUGAUAAUGACAUUGUGAUCUCUGGACAGGUAUGAAUGAACACAACUUGCCAGCUUAUGGCAACAUAUCAAGGAAGGGGUGAGAAUUCAACCCUUGAUCCGUUUAUGUUUUGAUACCAAUUUUAAAAACAACUUCAGCAUAUGUAAGAAUGGGCUCUAGCAUGAUAAGAAUGUCGCUUAUUUCUUAACAGCCAGAACCGCAUUCUUAUAAAUAAACUCUUCCAUAUAAGUUUAAUUUACCCCUUGUCAGACUCUGGUAUUUGCUGUCUUAUUAACCUUGGAAGACUUCACUGGAGGUUUUUAAGCAGAUAUUGGAUAGCUGUCUGUCAGGAAUUCUUGAGCUGUGACUUCUGCAAUUGCAGGGGGUUGGACUAAAUGACUUCUGGAACCCUUUUCAACUCUACAAUUCCGUGAUUCAUCGUUUCUAAAAUUGUGUCCUUUUGGACUGUUAAACACAAUGCUAGGUAUGAAAGGGCUAAGUAUCAACAUCCUUGUGUGUGUUUUCGACACACAGUGGUACCUCUGGUUGUGGACAGAAUCUGUUCCGGAGGUCUGGUUGGAUCCUGAGGUUUCUACUACCUGAGGACUGUGUGGUGUAGUGCUUAAGAGCGGUAGACUCGUAAUCUGGUGAACCGGGUUCGCAUCUCUGCUCCUCCACAUGCAGCUGCUGGGUAACCUUGGGCUAGUCACACUUCUUUGAAGUCUCUCAGCCCCACUCACCUCACAGAGUGUUUGUUGUGGGGGAGGAAGGGAAAGGAGACUGUUAGCUGCUUUGAGACUCCUUUGGGUAGUGAUAAAGCGGGAUAUCAAAUCCAAACUCUUCUUCUUCUGCACAUGCGCGCAGGGCGAAACCUGGUAAAAUACUUCCGGGUUUGCUGCAUGGACUCAUGUGGCCAAUGAGAUGCUUUCAGGGGAGCAGGGCCUGAGUGUGGGUACACAUCCACUUUUCAGCAUUUGUGAUUGUGGCAAAAUACACACUUUCUUCAUUUUAACAUACUGCCCCCCCCCCCAGUUUCCCCCCCUAUAUACAGAAAGUGUCACAUGUGAAGCAUUCCCUAUAUUUGAGUCUCUGCACAGAAAAAAAAAUGUCAUGCUUGAAAGCUGUUUAUUUAUAUUUCUUUAUUAUUAUUUACUAUUUUGCUUUCUUGCCUGCUCUUCCUGAAAUAUUGCUGGUCCCAGGGCAAGUUACAAUUGGACUCAAAGCUGCAUGCAUUGAGCCGAUGGGCUUUGGUGAGGGUAACACGAAACUUAGAUGCUGCUGAUCAAUUAAGUUCAACCUGGGACUGUCUCAGACGGUGAGUCAGCCAAGAGGUAUGAGGUUUUGCAAGAAAUCAGUUUGUAUGUGGAGGACCUGAGGCAAAGUACUUAAGGGAGCUGAAACAAAGGCUUGGUCUAACACAUGCAGCCGAAUGGGACUGGAGAACUUCAGGCUGCAAGUGGGUGCUUUCAUUUUAUGAAUACUCCCUGCAUAAAAAAAGAAAACUCCCUGGAAGUGGAAGAGUCACACAGUAAGGUGCAUACCCUCCAAUAUUUCUCUGAUGGAAAUAGGGGCAUCCCAUUCCGUAAUGAUAAUUUUACUAUUUAUACCAAACACAUCUGACCGGGUUGCCCCAGACACUCUGGGCAGCUUCCAACAUGUAUAAAAACAUAAUAAAACAUUGAACAUUUUUAAAAAAAACUUCCCUAUAGAGGACUGCCUUCAGAUGGCUCAAGGGUCAGAUGACUACAUACCCUCCAACAUUUCUCCAAUGAAAAUAGGGAAAUCCUAAGUAAAAGUGGGACAUUCUGGCAUCAAAUCAGAAACUGGGACGGCUUCUCUAAAUCAGGGAUGUCCCUGGAAAAUAGGAAUACUUGGAGAUGUGGACUAGCACAGAGUCUUUCUUCCUGAUGUUUGUGUUUUACUUGUGUGGAUGUUUUAAAAUAUGAAGGAGCAUUUAAAAAAUACCGUGUUGGCCCAAAUAUAAGCCGCACAUUUUUUCCAAAUUCUGACUAUGAAAAGUUGAAGUGUGGCUUAUAUUAUUCACCUUACAAAAACUGGCUUUUACGGUAUUUCUGCUGAAACAGACAUACGGUAAAACGGAAGGAAAAACAUGUUUUAUUGCCAAUUUGCGAGCUUGAGUGCCUGCGGAAUUGUAGCAAUUGAACAGCAAUUUGUGAUUCUAGCGAUUGUACAUACGGAAACUUUUGCGGGCUUGCAAGAUCAAAGGCUUAAAUUGGCUCGGAGUUACAAUUCUACCAACCGCAGCAAUUUUCAGCCUGUAACCCAAUUUUAAGGGAGUGGCUUAUAUUCGGGUAUUGUCUCCCCCCCUCUGAAUUUUAAAGGUGCGGCUUAUUUGUGAGUGCGGCUUAUAUUCGGGCCAAUACGGUAGCACCUGGCACUUGCAAUCUGAAGUGGUACAGUCCAGUGUACUCCCCUUGUGCUACUGCAUGUGUAGACCUGUCCAAGGUGGAUAAGGAGGCUGGCAAGCAAGCAAGCAAGGAAGGAAGAAAAUAGUCUGAUGUAUACAGAUAAGGGGAUGCAUAGGCAAGGCCAGACCUAGACUACAACAGGAGGAGUUAAUGCACUACAUAGUGGCUUCAUUUGUGCAGGGACAUGGAGGAACAGUAUCAUUCUUGAGGAAAGCCCACAGCUCAGUGGUGAAACAUCUGCUUUGCAUGCAGAAGGUCCCAGGUUCAAUCCCUGCAUCUCCAGUUAGGGUUAAGAAAGACUCCUUGUCUGAAACCCAAAGAGCUGCUGCCAGUCAGUGUAGACAUUACUGAGCUAGAUAGACCAAUAAUCUGAAUUGGUAUAAGAUGGAUUCCUAUGUUCCAAUAGCUUACUACAAGGACACCAAUGCAUUGGCUUUAGAGCUCCUAGUUUGAGAUUUCCUUGCUGAUCUUGAUACUUCAACAUUUGUUAUUAUCUUUAGGGAACGUGGGUGCCUCUUCUCCCUCCCUUAUUUGUUCAGAUCCUCGUCAAUAUCUUAAUUGAUUUGAUUACCAGCAAUGCCUUAAUUCAGACGUGGGUGCUGCUGUGGGUUAAACUACAGAGCCUUGGACUUGCCGAUCAAAUCCUCACAACGGGGUGAGCUCCCAUUGCUCAGUCCCAGCUCCUGCCAACCUUGCAGUUCAAAAGCAUGUCAAAGUGCAAGUAGAUAAAUAGGUACCACUCCGGUGGGAAGGUAAACGGCUUUUCUGUGCGCUGCUCUGGUUUGCCAGAAGCGGUUUAGUCAUGCUGGCCACAUGACCCGGAAGCUGUAUGCCGGCUCCCUCGGCCAAUAAAGCGAGAUGAGCGCUGCAACCCCAGAGUCGGUCACGACUGGACCUAAUGGUCAGGGGUCCCUUUACCUUUUUAAUGCCUUAACUAGACUCACAUUCACUCCAAUGUUUUAACAUCACCCUUUGAAACCUCCUGUAAUGUUUACACGAAGUUCUUACUUAUUUAGUCAGGAGUCGAGGUUAAAAAAAGGACAAUGAUGUACCCACCUCCCCUCAAAUCUUUACUGUUAAGGAGCUUUCUGUUACUAGUCCGGAAAAGAGGCUUUGUGUUGUAGCUCAUUCUGACAGGAAUCCUGUGCUGUGGUUACUUGAGAGUUCAGAGAGGUUGAAAAGGGCCCUGGAUAGGAACUGAAUUUUGUUACUCACGAAUGGGACGUCAAGUGUAUGACGUUUUAUAAAGUCACUUUGAAGAGAAAAUUGGCUGCUCUCCCUUACCCUCCCACUGAGCUCUCAUGCUGUCAGAUGUCCUGCUUCUCUGGAAAUGUCACUGCCAUUCAAACAGCUUGCCUUUGCAAAGCAGGUGGUUUUGCAAUCCCUUUGGGAAGUAACUUGGGAGUGAGGAAAGGAACAGUUACUAAAAGCACAGAAGCUCCAGCCUCCUGGUCAGGGGGCAGACUUGUGGCUCUCCAGAUGCUGUGGACUACAACUCCCAUGAGCCAAGACCAGCAUGGCCAAUAUUCAGGAAUGAUAGGGGCUGUGGUUCAAUGUCUGGAGGGGCACAGGUUCCCUGCCCCUAUCCUACAUGAAGCUUGUUUUCAAAGCAAGGUUAUUUACUCUCUUUGAUACCAGUAAAGCAGGCCUUAAUGACAUUUUAUUCCACAUGAUCAUAGAAGACAAUUCUUUCCCCAAUGGCGUUGGCAUUAUGCUCUCUCCUUUAGGAUUGUCUCCUAAUUCAAGGGUGCAAUAGAACAAUUCAGUCUGCAGAAACACUUCUGGAAUCAUUCAAAUACGAGCAAAAUGCAUGUUUCUGUCUUUACCUCUGACACAUUUGGAUAUGAUGUUUGUGUAGAAAGCUGAUGUGGUGCAUCGAUCAGUUUUUAUUACUGCUUCAUAUAAGCAUCACUCUCACUUUCGCGGCAUUUCUGCCGCAGCUGCAAACAGUGCUUUAUGAUUAUUGUAUCACCGCUCAACCAAGGCACUUUUUACUGGAGCCAUGAUGACUUAGCUGAUGAUUCUGUGACUUCAACUUUUGAAGAGAGACCCUGCAUAAUCAAACUUGUAAUGCCGGAGAUAAGAAUGGGGCAACUGGGAGACUUCCCUAUGCUAAGUUAUCAUUCAUUUUGCUUUCUCAUUUACAGAGGCGGUAAACUUGGUGACAUUUCCCCCGCUGCAAUGUUCCUUGUGAUGAUUUGCUUCCCUGUCUAAUAUGAUGGUAUUAUUUGUAAUCAGAAGAAAAUAUUACAUUUGUGUGGAAGAAAAAAAAAGAAUGUGUCUGCUCAAACCACAUUCUUUAACAGGGUGGAUUUAACUUUUCCCCAUUUUAUUCUGGACUUUAAGAACAUAAUAGCCCAGAUGGAUCUGGGCAGUGGAUCUUUUUGUCUGGCAUUCUGUUCUCACAAUUGGCAACCGGAUGCCAAUGAGAAGCCCACAAAGCAGGACCUGAAUGCAACAGCACUCUAAGCUCCUGUGGUAUUCAGAAGCAUACUGGCUCCCAACAGUGGAGGUAGACCAUAGCCAUCAGGGUUAUUCCUGUUGAUAGCCUUAUAGAAUAAUAGAAUUGUAGAGUUCAAAGGGAAUACUCAGGUCAUCUAGUCCAACCCCCUGCAAUGCAGGAAUCUUUUGCCCAACAUGGGGCUUGAACCCACAACUCUGAGAUUAAGAUACUCGUGCUGUACCGACUGAAGCUAAUCCUCCACGAAUUUGUCUAAUCCUCUUUUAGACUGUUGUAAAUAAAAAUUGCCCUUUCCCCUUAUGGGGUAUCCAAGAGCCCAUAUAGAGUCCUUACAUAGGUUCCCUAUUGGUAGGAGAAAAUAACAGAGGCCAAACAGAGAAUAUUGAGAAGCAAAGCAGCUAGUAAGCCUGAUCUUUAUUGAUCUGUUGCAACAGGGUGCUCCCCUCACACGCAGGAAAGGAGGAGGACCCAGAAAAAUGGCAUGCAAGGCCUUAUAAAGACUUUUGAAAUUCCCAUCCUGUAGAUCAAGACCACCCCCAGAAACAUCAUACAUACACACACACAAAAAAAGCUGUCUAAAACAGAACAUUUGCAUGUUGUUUUUUCUCCUGUCCUUGUUUAUCUCCUGUCUGGCAGGUUACUUGAUUGGAUUUCCUGGGGAGCCUUGCCAUUCUUUUGUAGUGAUAAAUACUUAGUUCCUGGGCCAGGUCACAGGCUAACCCUAACCUUAUUCAAACACAGACAUACGCUUAAGACAGGAUUUGUGAAGAAAAAGAAAAUAGGGAGGCUUUUCCAUUUUGACCUUGCAGAGAAAGCAUUUGGUCAGUUUUGGAAUCAAAAUGGUUCCAGGUUGGUCUUCCUGUGCUGAUCUAUGUAUGUGUGGUUAUGAACAUUACCAUAUAUCUAAGACCAUAAAAUUCCUAUCACAAGACCCAUUCAAGCAUCCUCCAUUUUUUACUCAAAGCGGGGUUUGGAUUUGCACUUAGGCAUUGGUAGAGUUUGAGUUUUCAGACCUAGUCUUGAAAUAGUACAUCUCUGUACCGGCUGCCGCUUAUUGAUUUUUAUUUGCUCCCAUUUUAUAGUAUUAUUGUGUCAAUGGGUGUUACUGUUGGUUUUAAAGUUGUGUUUUUGUACCCCACCCUUGGGCUACUUGGAAUGAAGGGUGGGUAAAAAAAUAAAAAAAGCAAAUAAAAUAGACAUGCCAUAAAAUUCAUGAGAAACUAGGUCACCUGAAGGGAUCUAAGAUGUUGUGUAUUCUUACAGCAGCCACAUCAUGCAAAUAAUUUUUUGCAUCCUUGGAAACAUGAGGGCAGCAUCAGAGUUCAUCAUAUGUUGACCUCCUUUGGACAAACCACUUCCAUUUGAAUGCCACUGUAUGGAGAAUGCAAAAAACAAAAAGUAGCCGUAAUCUGAUUUAUAGUGACUUGGGUUGCAAUCUUAACCAUGUCCACUUGAAAGUAAGUCCCAUUGAUUCUAAUUGGGUUUCACCCCAGGUAAGUGAAAUUGAGGGACGCAGGUGGCACUGUGGGUUAAACCACAGAGCCUAGGACUUGCUGAUCGAAAAGUUGACAGUUUGAAUCCCCGUGAUGGGGUGAGCUCCUGUUGCUCGGUCCCGGCUCCUGACAACCUAGCAGUUCGAAAGCAUGUCAAAGUACAAGUAGAUAAAUAGGUACCGCUCUGGCGGGAAGGUAAACGGCGUUUCCGUGCGCUGCUCUGGUUUGCCAGAAAUGGCUUAGUCAUGCUGGCCACAUGACCCGGUACCUGUACGCCGGCUCCCUUGGCCAAUAAAGCGAGAUAAGUGCCACAACCCCAGAGUCAGCCACGACUGGACCUAAUGGUCAGGGGUCUCUUUACCUUUACCUUUAAGUGAAGUUGGGAUUGCAAUCUUAGGCCUUUUAGGCAAAACUGUAAUUCAACAGGGCUACAGCUUCCUAUGUAAUAUUUGCUCUCUGUGGAGAGAAAGGACUUUGGGGCCUUGUUUUAUUUUUCUGUAAUUUUGUCAUCUACAGAAGGAAGAAACCGAAAACAACUCGUGUAAAUGUUUCAGGGGACCUGCACUGUCAGAGAUUGGCACAAUUGCCUGGAUGAUCACGCUGAGUGAUGCUUUGCAUAACUUCAUUGAUGGACUAGCCAUCGGUGCUUCUUUCACCCUUUCCCUACUUCAAGGAAUUAGCACAUCUAUAGCAAUCUUAUGUGAAGAGUUUCCUCACGAACUGGGUAAGAUGUUUUCCAUUAACUCAGCUAGCUGUUAGAUGAAUGCAUUAAGAGAGUUCUCAUCAAACAAGAGACAACCAACAAGUGUUCUGCCGCAUUGAAAUGGAAAAAUGAAAUGAUGGUGUCACUAUAAUUUUCAUACGCACUACUCAUGUCUUUUUAAUUCUCUUGUUGGGAGUGGGGUUGUGUGUGUGGAAUGUAUAACAAUAAUGAUAAUAUUGCUUGUUGACCAUUUCCCUGCUUUUCUUUUCCCAGGGGAUUUUGUCAUCCUUCUUAAUGCAGGAAUGAGCACUCGGCAGGCCUUGUUUUUCAAUUUUAUAUCAGCAUGCUCCUGCUAUGUUGGACUAGCUUUCGGUAUAGUAGUGGGCAACAACUUUGCUCCAAACAUUAUCUUUGCAAUCGCUGGAGGCAUGUUCCUAUACAUUUCCCUGGCAGAUAUGGUGAGCUCCUACUAUAUUGUAUGAAUACUAUGUGUAUGUAUGAAUCAGACCAUUUAUCCUCAUGGAACCACAAUUCUUAUAUUCAGCUAAGAAGCCAGAUAGCCAAACAGCAGUCAGGAGACGUGGUCUUUAUUAUUGCAACAAGGUUCAAACACACAGAGUAGGAACCCCGAGCGUGGAGUUACACGAACUUUUAAGACUUCUCCACCCCCUUCCCAUAAUACAUUUCCAACAGCAUCAUCGAUACAACACAAAUAUGUCACAAAGCAGGAGUGGUUGGCAUGUAGAAACACCCACACCCAUACCAGGAGGGGGAAUCUUUUAUAGCCUGAGGGGCUGCCUUCCCUUGUGGGGAAGCUUCCAGGGGACACAUGCCAGUGGACCAGAGGCAAAAGUGGGCAGAUGUGGUACUUUUCUUGGUAUUCCAGGCUGUGUUCAAGCCACAAACUCCUGGCCAGGUUUCUACCUUCCUCACACACUUUCCCAUCCAGGCAAACAAAAAGGAUUAAUAGUUCCAGGGCAUAACCCAGUCAGGCAAAAGGACUAGAGGAGGCUGCAGAACAGGGCCAGUGGUGGCUGUGCCCUGGGGAAAGGUCUAGUAAGAGUCUUGAGGGCCAAACAGGAAGCCUGUAGGGCCACAUUCUUCAACCUCUUGUUCCUGAUGUUCUGGAGUCCUGGUUUACAUGGUUGUGAUACAAGAUAAUACAUCUGUGUGAGGGAGUUGCAGUUGAAUCACGGCGUGUAUCUCAGUAGCGUUAAACUAAUUCCUUGUGGGAAUUAAGUUUCUUAUAAAUACCGACCCUUGGAAUAGCGCUCUCUGGUGUCGGCACUGCAAUCCAGCAUAUUGCUACACUGCGUAAAGUCCAUUUGAAGUCAGUAUGAAUCAUGGGUAGCCAAACUAAGGCCCGGGAGCCAGAUUUGGCCCAAUCGCCUUCUAAAUCCGGCCCCAGACAGUUCAGUAUGUUUUUGCAUGAGUAGAAUGUGUCCUUUUAUUUAAAAUGCAUCUCUGGGUUAUUUGUGGGGCCUGCCGGUUGCUUUUACAUGAGUAGAAUGUGUGCUUUUAUUUAAAAUGCAUCUCUGGGUUAUUUGUGGGGCAUAGGAAUUUGUUCACCCACCCCCCAAAAAAAUAGUCUGGCCUCCCACAAGGUGUGAGGGACAGUGGACCAGCCCCUACUGAAAAGUUUGCUGACCCCUGAUAUGAAUAAUGUGCUGCAUGCAGGGCCAGCCCUUCCAUUGGGCAGCGUGAGAAAGCCACACCAGGAGGCAGAUGCUAGGGAGCAGGAAGUAGCAGCAAGGUGUUGGGGGACAGAUCUCUGCGUGCGGCGUACAGCCUGCCCUUCCCCCUGUACACCAGCCUGCUGCCUUCAGGUACAGUGGAGGUUGCUGAUCCAUCAUCUGUGUUCAAAUAACAUCCAGCUGUCAGUCCAGUUGGCCUGUGUGAAUGGAAUGGGAGAGGGGCACCAUCUUGUCUUUUGCAUCAGGCAGCAAAAUGUGUUGGGCCGGUGCAGGAUAUCCGUCUAAAACUCCAGUGAGUUUGAUCCCGAAGGAUGAGCAAAAUCUGUGGAAGAGACCUCAGCUUUCUCUCUCCCCCCACCCCGAGCCGUUAGAACAUCUACCCUCCCCACCAAGUCACUAAACUGCACUCAAAACUUUGCUUGUUUUAAAAUGUUUGGAACAAUUAGGUGGUGUGUGCACAUGUCUCUCUCUGUGUUUUUUGGGGUGGGGAUUUGUGAAAUAUGGACCAAGAGUUCAAUUUUAAGAGUCACACGUGCAACAUCACCAGAACAAAACAGAAGAUCAGUGAUGGGAAAGGAUGGGUGGAGAAAGCAAUGACUAUGAUGGAGACUACUUGUUGAGAGUUGUUUUUUGCCUCCAAAUUAGAGACAGAUGAACAAACCUAGUACUAAGGUCACUGUGCACUCAAUGAGUCCAGUGUUUGCUCUUCCUUCCUUUGGAUAGGCAUCUUUCUGCAUAAAAGAGGAAUAUAGCUCUGUUGGUUUCUAUUUCUGCAUUGCAAAGGGUUGGGCUAGAUGACCAUUGGGGUCCCUUGCAACUCUACAGUUCUGUGAUUGGAACCUCUCUCUCUGCUAAGGGCAAAGGGCCAGCUAGGAAACUACAAUUGCUGUCUAUCUCUCUGACUCUUUUCAGUAUUACCAUGUUUACACCCCUGUUUUAAAGCCAAUAGGUGAUAGGUUUCUCUGUCUACCUUUCUAAUCUCUCUGUCUGUAGGUGUCUAGACCGGAACCGUUAAUGUUGUGUCUGAACAAAAUGUAAAUGAUGUGUGUGAAUGCUCAGUACAGACUCCUGUUUUUUUCUGCUGAAUUCUACCUUGUUCCUCUCUGUCUAGAAACAGGUAGGAUUUGUUAGAACUCUUGUUUCUCUCUUCCAUCUCUCACUUGCUCAUUACAAGCUGGUUUUCACUUUAAGCAGGGCGAAGUGGUAGGAUUCAGAAUGCAAGCAGGAGGACUCAUAUUUCUGAAUAGUCCCCCAUGGAAAACAAGCUUUCUACAUAGAGUAAAUUAAGUGCAUCUCUGAGAAAACUUUAGCAGAGUUCUCCUGUGUUUCUAUAGGUAGGAAGCUUUUUAUAUUGAAUAAUAUUACCUCCCACCUGCAUUCUGGAAUGGUACAGUCUAGCAUUUUAUCACCUCAGUUCUACAGCCUUAAUAGCUACAUCAUGCGUGGAUGGACUAGUCAGUGUUCUGCAACCUUGAGUCUGCAGCUGUUGCUCAACUACAACUCCCAUAAUCCCUAACCAGAUUAGCCUAUGAUCAGGGAUGAUGGGAACUAGGAACCCAAUGUUGAAGAACCCUGGACUAGACAUCAGAGAUGAUAUGUCAAGAGUACCAAGUGGAAGCAUGUUGUUCUUAUUAAUUCGAUUUCUUAUCCACCACGAGGUCCCAGGGCAGGUUACAACAUUUAAAAAGACAGCAUUAAACUCAGUUUAAAUAAGUUAAGUUUGAAUUGUUUCACAUGGUGGCUGCCAUCAUGCAAUUGCAGCUGACCACGUGUAGUGGGAAUUGGUGUUCAAGCGAAGGGUGCUCUCCUUCCCUACACUAGUAGGCAGGUUCUUUGAAGAAAGACUCAUCUGGGGGCUGAAUGACAAAGUGCUUCAGCCAUCAUCCCUGAAGGCACCCAGGGCUUGCCCUACCACUAGGCAGAGGGAGUCAACUGCCUUGGGCAGCAGGUGCUGGAGGGGAGUGGCAGGAUCCCACCCCUCAAAUCCUCUUGAACCUACUGGCCACUUUGUUCCUUUAAGGGGAUGGCCUGGCCUAUGCCCUCUGAGCUAGCAUGUCACUUUCAGGAGCAAUGCAACAUACUUUCCCACCACCAGUAUUGAAGUAAGGCCCAGUCUGCACUCUAUAUUUCUUACUUACUUUGCCAAACCUUUAUUAGGCGCUACAAAUAUAGGCCUUCAUAAAACACCCAUAAGUAAAAAAUUAAAAUAUAUACAAAUAAACAGCCAUGUAAAAAUAUGUAAUAACGAAGAUUUUCAUUGGAGUUUCUUCCUGCUAAAUAGUGCCAUUCACCACUCUGAAAGAUACUAUUGAUAGAAACACAGCCACCCUUGCAGUUAAUGUCAGACAGAUAGAAUCUGAUAUUUUCAUUGUGUCGUGAUGUUAGACUAUCCAAAAAGGGGGAAUAGCAUGCCUUUGUGUAGCUGGUUGUACAAUAGACAGUAGAAAAUAAUAUAUUCUACUGUGUCCAGCACAUUCAAAAAACAUCUGCAAUGUCUAUCGUUUCUGGGGAUGUUUAAAUAUCUCUCUAAUUCAAGCAAUAUUACACCCCUUUAAACAGCCAUGGCUCCCCUUCCCUGCAAUCCUGUUUGUUAAGGGUGCUGUGAGUUGUUAGAAGAUCCCUAUUCCCUUCUCAGAGCUACAAUUCCCAGAGUCACAUAAAAUCAAUUCCCCUUUGCAGUGAGCUCUGGGAAUUCUGGCUCUGUGUGGGGAAUACAAGGUCUCCUAACAAUUUUCAGCACCCUUAACAAUCUACAGUUUCCAUGAUUCAUCGGGGAAGCAAUGGCAGUUUAAAGUGGUAUAAAUACUGCUUUAAAUAUGUAGUGCAGAUGGGGCCUAAGACUCACUGUGGGUCCAGUUGACUUCUGCUUGUGGAAUAGGGGUUACCAACCAUCUUGGCUUUUCCUUCAGAGGGAAAAAUGCCCUGAAAAGCUGUAAAAACAAUGAUUCUGUCAUGUAUAGUGAAAGCAUCAAGGGAUGGCCACUGGGCAUAUUUCCUCAGAUUCCCUAAGGAAGCCAACCAACACACAAUUUAAGAUUGCAACCCUAUGCAUGCUUACACUGGAAUUGACCCCACUGAAUACAGUGGAGCUUGCUUCUGAGUAAACAUGCAUAGGAUUGUACUGUUAACAGAACAUGGGGAAAUCCUGAAAUGGUUAUUUGCAGUAGCAUACUGAGAACAGAGCUUUGUUUACAGUUAUCUCUUCAUUGGACAAUGAUUAUUGUGUGUUGAUUGAUUAAAGUGGCUAUGCCUAUUCAAGACUUUGCAUCUCAAGGGGGUGGGAGAGAAAAGACUUGGAAUCUCUAGGAUGCUGAAGGAGGUGCUUGAUUGAUCUCCAAGAGAACGUUAACUGUUGACCCCUCCUAGGAAGGGUCAGCAUUCAGAGCUGAGAGUGCUUUUGAGCCUUAAAGCCAACUGAAGUGGGUGAGUCAUAGCUACAGUGUUCAGAAGCCCUCCAAGAAGCUGUUUGGGGUUGAGAAUAGACCCGAAGAGACUGUGGGUGAUGCAGACAGGUGCUACUCAUGUACCAACAGGUCUUGUUUUCACCAAGGUCUAGAUUAGCCACAAGUCUUUAGGGAAAACGAUGGUCAGCUGAUUUAAGGUCACCAGUAAGAAAAACAAAUGUCACAUUAAAAACAUAUAAAGUAGGGGUUCCCAAACUGCAGACCAUGGACCAUCAGUGGUCUGUGAGCUUCAUUCAGGUGGUCCAUGGUCUGUCAUAUUGAUUUUAAUGGUCUUUUAAUCCCUUGGCCUGCCAGUGAAGACUGCCCCCUUUCCCAGCUGUGGCAUGCAAGAGAAGGACUAAGUCCACCCUCUUGUUCACUGCCUUCCUAUUAAGAACUGGAGUCCUUGUGCCUGUAAUUAUUUUAGGAAAAACAAGAUAUGUAGCUGUCUCAAGGGAACAUCUAGCUUAGCUCCAAGGUUGCUGAAUAAAUUCAUGGCUGUGAAUCUGUCUGAAAUGGGACUUCGUGUCUCCUAGCUCCAUAUUCUGGAUGGACCAUGAUAGUUCUGGCAAUAGAUGAGCAACCCACCCACUCUUCCCUGGUUUGCAAGGUCUCUUCAAGCUAGAUCUGGGUAUAGCUGCCCAGUGUGGUGUAGUGGUUAAGAGCGGUAGUCUCGUAAUCUGGGGAACCGGGUUCACGUCUCCGCUCCUCCACAUGCAGCUGCUGGGUGACCUUGGGCCAGUCACACUUCUCUGAAGUCUCUCAGCCCCACUCACCUCACAGAGUGUUUGUUGUGGGGGAGGAAGGGAAAGGAGAAUGUUAGCCGCUUUGAGACUCCUGAAGGGGAGUGAAAGGCGGGAUAUCAAAUCCAAACUCUUCUUCAUUACUUUGACCUGUUACUGACAAGGAGGACUGUGUUGUUGUAUUUUACUCCCUGUGUUGUGAAGGUAGAGGCAGUAUGCCUCUGAGUACCAAAAUCAAAAGUAGAGAAGAGUGCUUGGCCUGCUUGGGAGCUUCACAUGGGUGUAUAUGAUUGGCCACUGUGAGUACAGGAUGCUGGACAAAGUGGGCCUUUUCUUUGAUCCAGCAAGCCUCUUCUCAUGCUCCUAAACAGGGAUUUAAAAAAUAUUGUUAUUGAACAAUGAAGAUGGCUUAGUUCAUCCUUAUUAUUAGCUUUGUGGAAGAAAUUUUAGCUGCAGUGGGAGAUGAUGGCACUAAUGGCUGCCUUCUCCCCUCUGAGGUUCCAUCCCUAGAAAAUUAAAUUGUGUUGGGACUGGAAAGGUGUUUUCAGAGAGUUAGUUUUUGUAUUACUUAAGUUUCAGAGGGCCUUGAAAACUUUGAACUUGAUCCUACCUCAUCUUUGAUAAGCAGCCAGCAAAGCAAUUUUGUUGAUCUGUGUUUGUCAGCACUUUGCAGAAGCAGAAGGUUCCCCCGCCUCCAGUGUCUUUGAAUUAAUUUCCAAGGAGAGUGUGCUGCAAUGAUAAACUGGCAAGUUAGUGGUAGAGAUGCAUUUACCUGUCAGGUUAGAAGUGGCUUCUGUGGGCUUUUUCAUUGCAUUCUUUUUUCUUCUGUUUGAAUCUCUGGAUGAUGUGUCUUGGUAAACUGUAUUUAUCUUGAUCACAGAAUCUAGUGCAAAAUGUCUUAGUUUCAUUAAAGUUCUAGAAUUCACAGUUCUGUUUUUCUUCUGAAAGAAACCAGUUCCCCUGAUUUUGUAGAAAAAGUAGGAUAGCACUGAACUUUAUUAUAAUAUUUGAUCUUAUUAUUAUUUCUUCACUACAUUUAUAUGCCACUUUUUCUUCCAAAGAGCUCAAGGCGGUUGUACAUGCUUCUCCUCUCUCCAUUUUAUGCUCACAACAAACCUGUGAGGUAGGUUAGGCUGAGAGACAGUGACAUGCCCAAGGUUGCCCUGCAAUUUUCAUGGCUGAGUGGAGAUUUGUACCCUUGUCUCCCAGAGUCCCAAUGUUCUAACCUUUACAACACAUUGACUUUUAUUAUCCACUCUUCACCCUUAGAUCCAGGGCACAUCACAGCCAUCAACAACACAACAUUUUUAUUUAAAUGUUGUCCAUCCCCUUUCCCAAGAGACUGUGAUAGUUUAUGAUAUAUAUUUAUUCCAUGCUAUCUUCACCAUACAGGGCAGUCUAGAGAUUGGAAUGCUAGUACAGUGGUACCUUGGAAGUCGAACAGAAUCCAUUCCGGAAGUCGGUUCGACUUCCAAAAUGUUCGGAAACCAAAGCGCGGCUUUCACUUGGCUGCAGGAAGCUCCUGCAGCCAAUCGGAAGCUGCGGAAGUCACGUUGGACCUUUGGGUUCCAAAGAACGUCUGCAUACCAGAACAUUCACUUCUGGGUUUGUGGCGUUCGGGAGCCAAAACGUUCGACUCGCAAGGCGUUUGGGAUCCAAGGUAUGGCUGGAUUUGCUAUGCUUCAGCAGAGGGAUGAAUUUUUCACUGUAGUGGGGAAUACCCCACGUGACCUGUGUGUCUGCUCAGUCCACUGAUCUGAUGGUGCUGACAGUUGACUGGGAACUUCAAGGUUCCUCAACCUCUCCAUUACUUUCAAUAUUUCCAUAGCUUUAAACCAAACUUCUGGACAGCCUUUAAAAUAGAUAGAGGACUUACACCCCUUCAGAACAAAAGGCUGCCCUCUAAAGUAGAACACACAGCUACCCUGAAGAGGAAUAAUCUGGUCUCUUAGCAGUUGCAGGCAGAAAAUAGUCAGGGAAACAGGAGAUGCCUGGGUCAGCACUGGGCAGGCAAGUUGCCACCUCCAACAACACCAACAGCCCAUGACAGUGCUACUAGCCAAUUAGCAAACAUCUGUUUGCAUCUGCUGGUUGGUUGUCCUGCAGCAGUGCUUCUUACUUGCAAACUACAGCUGCUAUCAGGUCUGCCCCUCUCUGCUGCUUGGCCCACCCAUAGACUUAAACUACUGAGAAGCUCCCUUGCACAAGCUCCAUUUAAGUGAAUGGGCAUUGCACAAGAUGGAUGUGAGCCCAUCCCUGAAACUUACAAAGAGAGGCUCAGCUGAGGAGGAAGCAAUUUCCAGUGUUCCUUUCUUGGUGAAGUAAUCACUUGGAUACAACACCCAGAUCGUUGCCGCUCCAGCAGCUUAAGAACCCAACCCAAUCUUAUACAGUAAUGUAACAUAAAUCAAUGCAUGCGUUAAAAAAACACCACGAAAUUCUAAUGUAGCAUGUUGUUCCACCAGAUGGCAACACUUACCUAAAAACUUCCUUCCUUCUGCCUCCUCUAGUUCCCAGAGAUGAACGACAUGCUGAGAGAAAAAGUGACCGGAAGAAAAACAGAUCUAGUCUUCUUCCUGAUCCAAAAUGCUGGGUUGCUCACAGGGUUUGCUGCGAUUCUGCUGAUCACGGUGUACGCAGGAGAAAUUGAACUGGAAUAA